UGGUUCCAUUCAACCCUUGUCGCCAAGGCGGGGAACCCUUAAGACGAGGCACACAGGAGGUGACGUGUUCCCGGGCCAGACGCUGUCCACAGGGCUACGACUGCAAUACUGACAUAGCUGACAGAGCUGCAGUCUGCUGUCCCACUGCUAGCCCUGCUCUCCGUAUCACCGGCAUAGAGCAGCCUGGAGUUCGCGACGUUGGCACACAGACAGGCAAGUGUCCAGAUCUGUCCGCUCUGUUCUUCUGCCCGACAACGAAACCUUGCAACAGGGACCACGAAUGUGACGUUGGCCAACGUUGCUGUAUCGGUCCUACUGCCUGCAGAGGCCAGACCAUCUGCGUAGAUGCAGAGCCGGAAGGUGGCAGACCAGUGGUUCCAUUCAACCCUUGUCGCCAAGGCGGGGAACCCUUAAGACGAAGGCGCCACAGGGAUGCGCACGGUCCGGGUGACGGUGUUCCGGGCCAGACCGCUUGUCCACAGGGCUAG